AUGGGGAGGUACUCAGCCAUCCGCUACAGGAAGGACCGUGAAAUUAACUUCCACCUGGCGCAUGCUGUACUGGCCAAACUCAAGGUGUUCAAGGCAUACGAGCCCAGCAUGGGAGAGGGCCCUGACAAAGCCCGCUCUCAGCUGUUGAUUGUGGACCGGAGCUUCGACCUGGUGUCCCCACUGCUGCAUGAGCUCACCUUCCAGGCCAUGGCCUACGAACUGCUCAGCAUCGAGAACAACACCUACAGGUACGAGACAACGGGCGCCAGCGACUCACGGGAGAAGGAGGCGCUGCUGGAUGAAAAUGAUGAACUCUGGGUGCAACUACGCCACCUGCACAUCGCUGACGUCUCCAAUGCCAGGACCCCCUACCCCCACUUUGGCACAGCCCUCUCCUCCCCGCCCACUUACUCCACGCACCUGAACCUGGCCGAGCACUGCAUGCGGCACUUCAAAGGGACAGUGGAGAAGCUGUGCAGCGUGGAGCAGGACCUGGCCAUGGGGACGGACAUGGAUGGGAAGGUGAUCAGGGACCCGAUGAAGAUCAUCCAGCCCGUCCUGCUGGACCCCAGCGUGCAGGCCUACGACAAGAUCCGCGUCAUCCUGCUCUACAUCUUCCUGAAGAACGGUGUGAGCAUGGUGAACCUCGACAAACUGAUCCAGUGUGCCAACGUCCAGCAGCUGAGUGACAGCAUCUACAACAUGGACUUCCUGGGCAUCUCCGUCAUGCCUGAG